UAGGUGAUAAUUGAAUAGGCGUGUCUUUUUCUACUUUAGAGGGCGUGGUUUUGGCUAAUGUAAACAAAAAUGCAGAAAGAAGCUGAGAAAGAGCCAGCGUUGACUCUUAGAGAAAGAAAGAGCAGGUCUAGAUCUGNCGAGGAAGAAAGAAAGGGAGUAGGAGGGGAAGAGAAAAGAAUCAAUGUGAACAGCUCCUCAUCUUCAAUAGCAUCAUCAUCAUCCUUUAAUAACCAUCAGCUCAGACUUCAUCAGCCUAGAGGUCGUGGCAGGCCAAGCAAAGCUGAACUGCUUGAGAGAGACAGAGACAGAGAGCAACAGAUUACUCAGCUAUUUGAAGAGAGAGGCGACCAUUACUCGCUCAUUCUUGUCAGCAUCAACAACAAACUGGCCGUUCAAAAUGGACUCAAAAGGAGGAAGUAUUUAUAAAGAUACAGGAAAUCAAUAUAUUUUUUAUUAAUCAUCAAAUUUUAAACUCUAUGCCAUGGACAUGAGAUAUUAUAUUUUGCUUCUGAUUUUAAUCCUUGUAUUAGUAAUAAAUAUUUUAAUUGAGUAUUUUUAGACAACAUUCAAAUUAA